AGCUGCUUACACUAUACAACUACUAAACUCAGAAAACAAAAAACAAUGAAGGUGGCAAUUUUCCUGCUCCUUUUGCAGCUUGUUUCCGCGCAGGCAGUGGGUGGUAAGAAGCGUGUUGAAGUAACAGAUGGAGAUGCAAUACAUGUUGCAGAGUUUGUUGUGAAAUAUAUGAAUGAGAGAGACCACAGAAGUACUAAACUUGACAGUUUAUUGAAGGUUGAAAAACAGACUGUAGCAGGCAAUAAAUGGUUCCUGAAGUUUGAUGUAAAUGACCCAGAGAAAGGCCAGUUAGAACGAUGUGUUGCUGAAGUGCAUGAGCAAUCAUGGCUGGAGAAAAUGGAAGUUUUGUCCCUGGAUUGCAACGCGGAAUCCCAGAAUACCCUAAAAUAUGCACAAAUGACUGGAGGGCCUCGACCUAUCGAUGUGAAUGACGCAGGUGUUCAGGGGGCCUUAAAGUUUGCCAUGACAACCAUCAAUGGCAGGUCUAACUCAUUGUAUAGACAUAUGCUGACACAGACUGUUGAAGCAACCUCUCAGGUUGUAUCUGGAGCUUUGUAUACCAUCAAGUUCCACAUGGGGCUAAGUGAAUGUCUCAAUGAUGAGGAAACCCAAACUCUGGAUGAAUGCCCAGUAGAAAAGGACAAGAUUGAAGAAUGCACAGUAAAGGUAUGGGAGCAAGCUUGGCUGAAACCGAUGUACAAACUCCAGGAAUUCUACUGUGACUCAGACGACAAACGCAGUAAACGUGAUGUCACCCACAUGGAUCAAGAAAUACACGAGUCAAGCAGGAAUAUCAACAAUAGGCCAUGGUUAAACUAUCCAGAUGAUGAUUUCCAUCAACAUGUCAAGCAGUUCCACAUGUUCAAAGAAAAGUUCAACAAGCAGUACAUAGAUGAAAUGGAGGAAGAGCGUAGGUUUAAGAUCUUCAGAGUGAACAUGAAGAAGGUGAGAUUCCUCCAGGAGACAGAGCAGGGAAGUGGCCAAUAUGGAAUAACAGAGUUCGCAGAUAUUGAUGAGGAUGAGUUCAGAAAGACACAUCUUACCCCAAAGUGGGACCUGAGUGAGAACCACAAUCUUGCAAAGGCAGAGAUCCCCAAUGUUGAAGCACCAGACGCUUUUGAUUGGAGGGAACACAAUGCUGUCACAGAAGUGAAAAAUCAGGGAUCAUGUGGUUCUUGCUGGGCAUUCUCUACUACUGGAAAUAUUGAAGGACAAUGGGCUAUUAAGAGAAGCAAACUUGUGUCUCUCUCUGAACAAGAGCUGGUUGAUUGUGACAAGAUUGACGAGGGCUGCAGUGGUGGACUACCUUCAAAUGCUUAUGAGGAGAUCAUGAGACUUGGUGGACUGGAGAAUGAGAAGGACUAUCCAUACGAAGGCAAGAAUGACAAAUGUGAGUUCAUCAGUGGUGAUAUAAGAGUCUACAUCAAUGGAUCAGUGAACAUCUCCAAGAAUGAAGGAGAUAUGGCUGCCUGGCUGGCCCAGAAUGGCCCUAUUUCUAUAGGCAUCAAUGCCUUUGCUAUGCAGUUCUACUUUGGAGGUAUCUCUCACCCUUGGAGCAUAUUCUGCAGUCCUGGUAGCCUGGACCAUGGUGUUCUUAUAGUUGGAUAUGGCACAAAGAAUGGAGAGCCUUACUGGAUUGUGAAGAACAGUUGGGGCAAGUCCUGGGGUGAAGAGGGCUACUAUCUUGUAUAUCGUGGAAGUGGCGUGUGUGGGCUCAAUCAGAUGUGUACAUCCUCCAUCGUCAAGUAAUCACAGAAGUCUACACAAAUAACUUAAUUUCUCCAUCCUCACUGACUUUAAAUUAGAAUGCUUGGAUACUCAAUUGACUUUAGACUGAAUUUACCUCAAGGAGAAAUUUUGCAGUGCAGUAAAUAUUAUUAAUUGUGAUUUAUAAAAUUAACUAAAAUUAAAGUGUCUAAAUAAUGAUAUUGGACCUCUCUGUUUAAAGUUAGAGUCAGUAGAAGUGACAGAUUCUUGCAUCUCUUUCCAAAGACUUGAUAAAAUUGAACUGAUUGCAAAAUACACAUUCCUAAAAUCAGUAAUGAUUUGAUCGAGCCUUUAUAUGAAAAAUCAUAGAAUGAUUGCCAAUUGAACAAUAUAGAGUAAAAGUAUGAGCUUUGGUCUUUUCAGAAAAAGUACAAAGUUGCUACAGAUCUAACUUUUUACAAAUAUAGCAAUAUCACUUAACAUAAUAUAUUUCUAACUAUGCAAACAGGUUGGAUCUUUAGCCAUUCUUAAAAAUCAUUCUUUUUUGAGUAAAAAACAAUAUUUGUCUUUUUACCGACUACAAUUUAACAAAAUAUGAAGAUAUUGCAUGUACAGGUACAUGUAUUUGAAUAAGUUUGAUUCUUACUAUAAUUGUAAAUAGCACCAGAUUAUAAAAGGAAUUUUCAGCCAAGAGAUGAUCAUUAGGCUAAUGCAAUGUCAAAUGUUAAUGUCAAAUGGAUAACAGCUACUUGUGCAAGUGGUAUGUGUUUGAACAAAUUAAUAUUUUGUUAUACAAUGCAUAUACAAAAAAAUAUAUACAUUUAUGUGACUUUUAUGUUUUUAACAUGUCCGAAAUGUACAUAUUUUUAGAUGAUUUUUUAAUAUUGUGAUUGAUGUGUGCAUAUUUUGACUUGAGUAGGGUAGUCUUGUACCAAGCCCUUGUUUUUUCACCUCCAACAGAAAUACCUACACUUUGCUAGUAAAAUAUUGUAUAUAAUGAGAAACCAGAGACUUGGUACAAGACUGAUAUAAGAAGGGGCUUAGCUGUCUGUCAAAUCUGCUUUGGCUAAUCAGUUAAUCAAUAAAAAAGCUGAUUAAUAUUGUAAUCUUAAUAUUAUCCAAGACAACGAAUUUGUUUUAUCAUUAAACACUGGAACAAAAUUGGAUCUGUUUUUAAUGAGUUUUUUUAUUAUCUCAUUUUGUAACUAAUAAUAAUAGCCUACAUAUUUUAUUUUAGAGAUCUGUUAAACACAGUAGUUGUAGAGGUUUAUCUCUUUUCUAUUUUGUAAAUAAUUUAAUAUACUUUUAGCACCUUCUCAUAACUUUAUGACUUUCGGUCUUGUGGCUCAGUAAAAUAAUUACUACUGCUAAAUAAAAUGAAUAAGAUAGUACUACAAUAUACAAUACAUUGAAAUAAACUGUAAAAUAGUUUUAAAUAUCAAUAUAAAAUAAUAAAAUAUACUUUAUAUUAGUAUGAUUUCUCAGUUUCUAUAUAACAAAAUGGUUUAGUUUCUUGAUAAAUUGUAAAAAUAAAUGGAAAAAAUACAAUUGAUAUAAACAAUGUACAUAGGUUGUGUUUACACAUUACAUGGCACUUAUGGGCCUGGCCAAAAUACCAAAUUUUGAAACAAAUGGAAUUAACAUACACAGGGAGAUAUGCGGAGUACUAAA